UUUUCAUGACUUUUUUGCAUUUUGUCCUGAAUUUCACGUUCCACCUGUUAGUUACUCUCUCACACUCGUCUAAACCCCAUCACUCUCACUUACUCCGGCAGCGCGUGGCUCUCCACCGCCGCUGCUCCUUCGACUUUUCUACGGCUGAUCUUCCUAGAAUCAACGGGAAUCUUCAAACAUGAGUUCGAGAAGAGUUGGUGAUGCUUCGUCCAGGGGAAAGGGUGUAUCCCAAUCUAACCCCAAUGUUGAGCAGCUGGCUCAAGGUGUUGCUGAUGUUAACCUUGGCUCUGGACAAGAUGAUGGACAGUGGGAGGUUUACUCGAAGAAAACCAAGAACAGAGGGGGAAGCAGUGCUCCGAAACAAUGGGCCGCUCCUCCAGCCCAUAAUUCUAAUCCUAGAGCAUGGGGGAAUGCUGAUAUGGCUCAAAAGACAGGUGGGCGCAAUUACGGUGGAGCUGGAAGAGGUGCUGGGAACCCCUGGCAGCAACAAAAUGCUAACUAUAUGAGACCUGCGGGCAGAGGCAAUGGAAGGCCCCAGAUAGCCACAGGUGGAUAUGGUGGAUAUGAUUAUAACAAUGUGACUUCAAAUCCCAUCAUUCGUCCUCCUCUGGAGCAUGGCUGGAACUGGAAAUCAACACAGCCAAAUGUAAGGCAUGACGUUGCACCAGAGGUGUUUGGACAGAAUGAUGAUGAGGAUGAUGAUGAGGUGGAUGAUGACUGUGAUGAUCUGGAAGAUACUGAUGAUGAUCUAAUGAGUGAUGAAUAUGAUUCGGAUGCCAGUCAAAAGAGUCAUGAGACACGAAAGAAGAACAGAUGGUUCAACAAAUUCUUCCAGAAUUUGGAUAACCUGACUGUUGAACAAAUCAAUGAACCGGAGAGACAGUGGCACUGUCCAGCUUGUCAAGGUGGUCCUGGUGCUAUUGAUUGGUACAACGGACUGCAGCCCCUUAUGAAUCAUGCUAAAACAAAGGGUUCAAAAAGGGUCAAGGUUCACAGGGAGCUUGCUGCACUUCUUGAUGAGGAGUUGCGUAGAAGGGGCACUACAGUAGUUCCAGCAGGAGAAGUAUUUGGCAAAUGGAAAGGUUUAAAAGAUGGAGAGAAAGAUCAUGAAAUAAUUUGGCCUCCAAUGGUUAUCAUUCAGAAUACGAAGCUUGAGCAAGAUGAAAAUGAUAAGUGGACAGGUAUGGGUAACCAAGAGCUGCUUGAUUAUUUUAGCUCUUAUGCAGCUCAGAGAGCGCGACACUCAUAUGGCCCUCAAGGUCAUCGAGGGAUGAGUGUUUUGAUGUUUGAAGCCUCAGCUAGUGGUUAUCUAGAGGCAGAACGCCUGCACAAGCAUUUUACUGAACAAGGAACUGAUAAAGAUGCUUGGUUUAGUAAUCGCCGUAUUUUGUUUCUCCCUGGUGGUAACAGGCAGUUGUAUGGAUACAUGGCAACUAAAGAAGAUCUGGAAUUUUUCAAUAGGCAUUGCCAAGGCAAAACAAGAUUGAAGUAUGAAAUGAAAUCAUACCAAGAGAUGGUCGUAAACCAAAUCCGUCAAAUGAGCGAGGACAACCAGCAGCUUCUCUAUUUCAAGAACAAGGUUGUCAAAGAGAAGAAACAUUCAAAAGCUAUGGAAGAAUCUUUUGGCAUUGUGACUGAGAAGCUUCGCAAAACAAUGGAGGAAAAUCGCAUUGUGAGGCGGAGAACAAAAAUGCAACAUGAAGAGAUCAAAGAAGAGAUGUACCACCAAGAGCAAUUCUUUAAGGAACAAAUCAGCGGCAUCCACGCUUUAAGGACUACAAAAGAAGAAGACUUUGAGCGGAUGCAGCAGGAGGAGCGUGAGAAGGUCAAGCUGUCAAGUACUGGUCAUUUAAAUGCAGAGGAUCGGCGACUCAAGGCGGAGGGAUAUCUCAAAUUUGUUGCAGUGCAAGAUAAAGAAAUGGAGAACUUUGUUGAAGAAAAGGAGAAGCUCUGUCAAGCUCAUGAAGAGAGCAUUGCUGCUAUGAGGCUUAGGCACUGGGAGGAGGAGGUGGCGAUGGAAAAGAAGUUUGAUGAGGACUUGACUAAACUCAUGGAGAAGUACUCCCCAUCUCACCAGUAGAAAAAGUCCGAUGGUGUCUGACAGUGGAGGGUUUGCACAGGUGCAUGCAAAUAUAAACACAGGGAAGAAAUAGAAAGAAAAAGAUGAAUUACUGCUGAAACAUGAACUUUUUAGAAAUUAAGAAUUUGGAACUCGUAUUUUUAGCUUGAAGUAGUGCUCCUAGGCACUUCUAUUUUAGAAAUUUUAAUUUGAUCGACUUUUUACAAAUUGAGUUGCAUACCCUUGUUUAUGCAAUGCAAUUGGGUUAUUAGAUGUUUCUUAGAGGCUGAUUUUACAGUAAAUGCUUGCUAGAUUAUUAUAAAUCAACUGCUAAUUACUAUCAAUAUAUCUUUGAAGAAAAUUGGAUGCCGAUGCAA